CUUUCUCUCGCUCUUUCUCUUUCUCUCUCUUUCUUCGCAAAUCACAUUCACACCACACGCCAAAGCCAACGCCAACGCCAACGCCAACGCCAUCGAGUCAGUGUAAAAGUCAAGCCUUUCUCUUCUCUUCAACCACCACCACCUCUCAUCUAAAUUAAAUGUUCGAUCUUCAUUUCUCUUUCUCCUUCUUCUUCCUCCAAAUCCAAUAAUGGAGCUCUUGCACCCUCUUCCUCCUCACCGCCACGACCCGCCACUCGCAGCAGACGCCCUCCACCGCUACUCUCCUCCUCCCUCCACGAGCUCGCGCGUUGAGUUCCACGCGCUGGCAACCCCUCCUGAAGCCGCCGCUGAAGAGGACAAGGUGCACGUGGCAGUUGGCAAGUCGGUGGGAAAAGGUGCCACUUUGCUUCAAUGGGCUUUCUCAAACUUCACCAACCCACACAUUCUUUUGCUUCAUGUUCAUCAACCUUCUCCUUUCAUCCCUACACUAUUAGGGAAGUUACCUGCAUCUCAAGCUAAUCCUGAAGUGGUCUCUGCUUUUAGAAGAGAGGAAAAAGAACAGGCCAUGAGGCUUUUGGACAAUUACUUGAGAAUUUGCCGUGCAGCUAAGGUUAAGGCAAGCUUUAUGAUGACGGAAGCUGAUCAAGUCCAGAAAGGGAUUGUUGAUUUGGUUGUCGGGCAUAAUAUUAGGAGGCUUGUUAUUGGAGCAAUACCCGAAGGUUGGAUGAAAGUCAAAAGGAAUUCCAGGAAAGCAAAUUAUGCUGCCAAAAAUGCACCCCCCUUCUGUAAAAUAUGGUUUAUCUAUAGAGGUAAACAUAUUUGGACAAGAGAAGCUUCUGAAAAACCUUGUUCUUUAUCACUGUGUGAAACAAUUGAAACAGAAGGCACUUUUGCCACCGAAUCAACUACAUCCAGCGGUCCAUUGCCCCAAAAUUCUGCUGAGAGUUCUUCAAAUACUCAUUUAGAGGCUGAAGAAGAAAGAGUUAAUAGUCAACUUGUUGAAGUCAAACAAGAAGCUGAUGAAGCAGCAGAUGAGUCUUUUGUUGAGCUAUUGAAGUUGGAAGCUGAAGCCACUGAGGCCAUAAGGAAGGUCAAUUUGUUUGAAUCUGCUCAUGCACAGGAAGUAAAGCUCAGACAAGAGGCAGAGGAUGAGUUGAGAACCACAGUAAAGGAUCAACAAAAGCUCUUGGAUGAGAAUGAAGAAAUUGGUAGUGAGUUACAAAGAACCAUGAGAAGUAUUGCCAUCCUAAACAGUUGUGUGCAGGAAACAGACCAUAGGCGAGAUGCAGCUGAAGAUGAACUAUCACUAAUUCAAGCAUCCAUCUCCACACUCUGGCACGAAAAACAGCAGAUCAGGCGACAGAAAAUGGAAGCCAUCCGCUGGCUGGACCGGUGGAAAAGCCGUGGGCAAGUUGGAGUUGCUCAUUGUAAUGGAGUUGUAGGAUUUGCUGAGGAGUUACCUGAGAUAGCAGAAUUUUCAUUAUUGGAUAUUCAAAAUGCCACAUGCAAUUUUUCUGAAAGCUUUAAAAUUAAGGAGGGUGGAUAUGGCGCUAUUUAUAAGGGAGAAAUGUUGGGUAGGACAGUUGCUAUAAGAAAGCUCCAUUCUCACAAUUUGCAAGCACCUUCACAGUUUCACCAAGAGGUUCAAGUUCUUGGUAGUUUUCAGCACCCUCAUCUGUUGACUUUGCUUGGUGUUUGCCCUGAAGCCUGGUCACUUGUAUAUGAGUACUUGCCCAAUGGAAGUAUUCAAGACAGCCUUCUAAGAAGGAGCAACAUUUCCCCUUUAACAUGGAAUAUCCGAACACGAUGGAUUGCUGAAAUUGCUAGUGCUAUCUGCUUUUUACAUUCUUCCAAACCGGAAACUAUUAUUCAUGGUGAUCUGAAUCUUGACAUCAUACUUCUUGAUUCUGCACUUAGUUGCAAGAUUUGUGAAUUUGGGUUCAGCAGAUUGGUGACAGAAGAUUCUCUCUAUCUUCCUAGUUUUGGCUUGGAAACUGAGCCAAGGGGUUCUUUCACAUAUACAGAUCCAGAGUUUCAGAGAACUGGACUAACACCAAAGUCUGACAUAUACUCCUUUGGCCUCAUUAUUUUGCAACUCUUGACUGGUCGGACCCCAGUUGGAUUAGUUGGUGAAGUACAGAAAGCUGUUACAUAUGGACGAUUGUCCUCAAUUUUAGAUUCUUCGGUUGGCGAAUGGCCUUUGGCUGUGGCAACACGAUUGGCUGACCUCGGAUUACAGUGCUGCCAACAAUAUAGUAGAGACAGACCAGAGUUAACACCGUCUCUGGUGAGAGAACUGGAGCAGUUACAUGUUUCGGAAGAGCGACCUGUGCCAUCAUUUUUCCUGUGUCCAAUCCUUCAGGAAAUAAUGCACGAUCCUCAAGUUGCAGCAGAUGGAUUUACUUAUGAAAGAGAUGCCAUAACUGAAUGGCUGGAAAAUGGACAUGAAACUUCUCCCAUGACCAAUCUGAAACUGAAUCAUCUGUAUCUUACUCCCAAUCAUGCACUUCAACUUGCUAUCCAAGAAUGGCUUUGCAAACCCUGAAGCUUCAUUAAUUCAUUGCUGUAAAUAUCUCUGUAUAUUUCUGUAGUUGCCCCCUGUGCUUACUUUAAGCAAUCAUUGUUGAGCUUUUAGAGUUAUAGGGCUGGCUGCUUUCUUGUGUUGGCUUUUAUUUUGUAGAUUCCAAGUUGCAACUAGAAUAAUUAUAGGAUUUAGUAUGGAGAUGAGUCUAGAUAUUUGUAAUCUUAUUGUAUCCAUGAAUCAUUGAAAUAGUGAAAUAUCAAGCAUAUUGCUUUUUUUCUAGGGAUAAUUGAAUUUUACCCUCU